AUGGCUGUAAAAAGAAUGGCAGAAGCUCAGCGGCAUCACUUUGUUUUUUGGGACACCCAGCCAGUUCCAAAAAUUAAUGAAACGGUGACUGAGAAUACGUUUAUUGAGGCAUCAAUUGACAAGAACGAUGUUCGGGCAGAACCGUUUUCUUUACCGUCAGGUUUUAAAUGGUGCGAUGUGGAUAUAAAUAACGAGAAAGAGCUGACUGAAUUGUAUACAUUACUUUCAGAGAAUUAUGUAGAAGACAAUGACAAUAUGUUUAGAUUCGAUUAUAGUUCGGACUUUUUACUUUGGGCCUUACAACCGCCGGGGUGGUUGAAAAAGUGGCAUUGCGGAGUAAGGAUAGCGGACACUGGUAAACUAGUUGCAUUUAUAUCUGGCGUACCCUCUUCAAUAAGGGUUUAUGACAAGGAGGUAAAAAUGGUUGAAAUUAAUUUUUUAUGCGUUCAUAAAAAACUACGAUCGAGAAGGGUUGCUCCAGUUUUAAUCCGUGAAAUUACGCGACGAGUCAAUCAAGAAGGGAUUUUUCAAGCCGUAUUUACUGCUGGAAUAGUUCUACCUAAACCAAUUGCUACUUGUCGGUAUUGGCACAGGUCUCUUAAUCCGAAAAAGCUUAUUGAAGUUAAGUUUUCUCAUCUCUCUCACAGAAUGACUAUGCAGAGGACAAUGCGCCUUUAUAAAUUGCCAGAUACGACGGAAAAUAAAAAUUUGGUUGUAAUGAAUCCUAGUCAUGUUACGUCUGCUCAUGCUUUGCUGAAUGGUUAUUUAGCGAAAUUUGAUUUAUGCCCAAUUUUCAGCCGUGAAGAAUUUGCUCAUUUUUUCCUUCCUAGAGAAGAUGUUAUUUAUAGCUAUGUAAUAACGAACAAUGCUGGGAAAGUCACAGAUUUAAUUAGCUUUUAUUCUUUGCCGUCCACAGUCAUGCACCAUCCACAUUAUAAACGCAUAAAAGCUGCUUAUUCUUUUUACAAUGUGGCUACGUCUAUAAAGCUCAAACAGCUCAUGUAUGAUGGCCUGAUACUUGCCAAUAAGGCUGGUUUUGAUGUAUUCAAUGCACUUGAUUUAAUGGACAACUCGGAAUUUUUGGAAGAUUUGAAAUUUGGGAUUGGAGAUGGCAACCUGCAGUAUUACCUCUAUAACUGGAAAUGUCCGGAUAUGGUGCCAGGGAAAGUUGGAUUAGUCCUACAAUAG